AUGCAGAUCAAGAGAGAUGACAUUUACAUACAUUUCUCCUUGCAUCUGAAGAACCCCAGUUCUUACCCGGACACUCAAAGAUCGAUUCAUGUGGAUUUCAAGUGCGAUGACAUAACAGAUCACGUGUAUAGUAUCAACAUCUGGACUCCGCGGCCAACACCUUCACCCGCAACCAUGCCGCCCAAAAGCUUCUCACAUCCCUACCGGCGAAGCUCCAACGCCUCUGAAAAAGAUUUCUUCGAUAUCCCGGACGAGCCAUGCUUGUCCGUGGCCAAGCGCCAAUUGCGCCGUCUCCGGACAUGGGCCAUAGUGGCAACCCUGCUACUAUUCGUCAUGUGGUAUCGCCGUGAAAGCCCGCCGCCGCCACCCCUACCGCACAUCCAUUACGACGAGGUCGACUGGUCGCGCUUUGCCUAUACCCAAUAUGCCACCAACGAGGUGUACCUGUGCAACUCCGUCAUGGUCUUCGAGACCCUAGAGAGGCUGGGGAGUAAAGCAGAGCGCGUGCUAUUCUACCCCGAACAAUGGGACCUCAUUAUCGAGGAUGAAUAUGAUCGCAUCAGUGAGCUGUUGCUCAUGGCCCGGAACAAAUUUCGUGUCAUGGUGAUCCCAAUCAAGAUCGAAGGGGUCGAAGGCUCAAGAGGGAUUGGGUCUGAAGCAUCCUGGGAAUCCAGCUUGACCAAAUUGAUGGCCUUCGGCGAAGCCAACUACGAUCGCGUCAUUCAUCUCGACUCCGACGUCCUCCUGCUCCAAUCGAUGGACGAGCUGUUCUUCCUCCCACCCACAACCGUCGCCAUGCCGCGCGCCUACUGGCUGCUGCCAGAUAAAUCCCUUUCCUCCCUCCUUAUCGUCGUCGAGCCCUCUUUCCGCGAAUACAACCGCAUCACAAAUGACGCCCUUCCCGCCAAGACGGGCCAGAUCGAGGUGAAUGUGACGGAUCAUCGCUAUGACAUGGAUCUGUUGAAUGCGCGGUACGGGGACUCGGCCAUGGUCCUCCCGCACCGUCAGUAUGGACUGCUUUCUGGGGAGUUCCGCACGAAGGAUCACCGCCGGUUCCUCGGCAAUGACGACGAAGUCUGGGACCCGGACCAUGUCCUUGCGCAGGCGAAGUUCGUGCACUUCUCAGACUGGCCGGUGCCUAAGCCGUGGGUGAUGUGGUCCCAAGAUAUCCUGGCACAGGAACAGCCAAGGUGUGAUCACAACCCCGGCACGCCGCAGGAGAGUGGAUGUCGGGACCGGGAGAUUUGGAAGAUGAUUUAUGACAAAUACCGGAGGAAGCGAAAGGAUGUCUGCAAGCUGCUCAGUUACCCAGCGCCCAAUUGA